AUGCCGCCGCCCGCAGUGGAAAAUAUUUUUAGGAACUAUAAAUACGCGCCAGUCACCAAGUUUCCCAUCACCAGCGCGUUGCAUAAGGGUCUUCCAAGGACCGGCGUACACCGCACCAAACCCAACAUUGUAGGCCCAGAGCUGUGUGACGAUAUCUUGAAGCGCCUCUCGCCGUACCUCUCGCGAAAUACUCCGGUUGAUGUCCUUGAUCUAUGGCCCGGUCCCGGUGUCCUCUCGUCCAAAGUAAACGACUUUCUGAAACCGCGCAGGCAUGUCCUCAUUGAGCCGGAUCUGAAGUAUUUCAGACCACACAUUGAAUCUUGGUCGAAAGGCCGCUCGGGCUGCGAAGUAGUCCAAACGCAACUGUACGGGUUGUGGGAUUGGCAAGAACUGCUUUCCAAAUACUUGCCGGAACAAGGCAUUCAAAACAGUGAUAACAGCGGGACUUUAGCUAGGAAUGAUACUUUGCUGGUCCUGGCAAAUCCCCCCGGCCCGCGUUCACAUAAAGAUCACUUUAGUGGCUCGCGGUGGAUACAGGUGUUUAUGGACGAAUGUCUGCAGCAGAGCGGUCUGAGUGCAUAUGGAGCUGUACGGCUGCUUGUCGCGAUGUCCUCGUCGGACGUAUAUUCUGUUUUACCGCGUGCAAUCGCCCAGCGUGCCCGCCCAUCACUCUUAACUGAACAGGUCGCGCUUCAUGCCUUCGAGGUAGCCUCAACGGUUGACGAGAAAAUAGGAACUUGGGCUUAUCAUAAGGAUUGGGAGAUGAUAACUGGGGGUGAGCAGCGUGUCCAGGAGAGAGCUUCCAAGAAUAAUGUUGUCGUGCCUGAGGGUCGUGCAUUCCCACCCAUUGAACCAGCACCCGAAUGUCCCAACCUCCCUACCAGUGCGCUUUCUUCCGAUGGUCGCAGCAAACGCAACAUUGUGCAUCCUUACCAGCCUCGCCCCAGGACCCUCCAGCAUGAUAAAUACUUCACAGCUUUUGAAGAGCUCAACAAGAUUAGUCCAGACUCACCAAAACAUAAAGAGGCUGUGAAAGGGCUCAGGAAAAUAAUUAGUUUGAUGAUUUCAGAGAACAAUCAGGCUUACACUCGCGUGCAGCUCGCGGACAUUCAGAACAAAAUUGACAACCUCAACAAAAAUAUUUCACGGUAUGCGGCAAGCCCACAAUCCCAGAGAUCAUUAAAAGGCGUCCCCGACCAAGUUGAAAGCCUCAAAGCGUCUUAUGAGGAGAUACACUCCGCUAUUCACUUCGAUACAAUCCGCACCUUGCCCCUAUUAAGAGACAACAGGCGGAGCGCCUACCACAGCCAUAACUUCGACGAAGCCGUCCUUCUUUACGACCGCCGGCCUUUCGAGCCUCUUCUCAUUGAUUCGAACGAAUUGUAUCCCCGCGGUAUUUACAGGACGUUGAUGUACUUCGAAGCAAACCCAAACCCCCCAGCAAAGCGGUACCUGCAACAACUCGACGAGAGCCAGAGAGAGCUGGCCACGCGCUUCUUCUCAGCGAUUUCCUAUUGCCUCGGAGUCAACGGCGCAUUGACCAUCUCAAAUUUAAUGGAGAAGGUGCUUCCCGCACACACCGCAAACGAUUUGGUCAGGGCCGUCCCGACCCUUGCCAUCCACGCUUCAAGACGUCCCAAACCCAACUUUGAAGAAUGCCCCAAAACCGUGCACUACGACGAACUUGGCACCAUGCCAAGAGAACCUGUCUAUGGGUUCCAGGAAAACCUCGACUAUGACCUUAGCGACGUCUCUAUCCGUGUCCUCUCGUCGGAGACCAUCUGGUCCCUUGCUGUCGAAUACGCCAGAGAAGGCAUUCACGUGGACGUCGUCCAACUAACGCGGAUGCUGGGAGGUACGACUACCAGCGCGCUAAGUCGAGAUUACCGUGGGGAAUCUGGGGAUGCAAAAAAUAAGAAGUGA